UCUUGUAUGAUACACAUGGACAGUGACACCCAAAGUAGUCAUGGUGUCCCAAAAGUUCAUACCAUCCUUCUGGAUGUUGUUCAGCCUACAUUAAAUCUCGAGAAGCACCAGCCAACUGAUGAUGAUGCCUUUGGUCCUAAAAGGUCUGCUACUCAAUCAGAGGAUCUGAAAUCAGAUAAGACAAAAUCUAGUGAGGAUCUCAUGCAGUCACUGGAUAGUCGAGAGGAAAUGCAAUCGCCCAUGCAAACAAAACCACUGCAACCAAGUGAGAAUGAAAAUGCUAAUCUUCAACAAGUCCAAACUCCUGCUGGUGUUGAAGAUUCCUGUAGAGGCAAAGAUGUGUCACAUCAUCAAGCUUCUACAUUAUCUGACAUUGAUUCUUUAGAGGCAGAUGUGCAGCAAAAUCAGACAGUUCAUAGAAAAGGUCCUGAUGCCAUAACCAUUUCCUACCAGCAAAAUGAUGGCUCUAUAGAUCAGGACAGAAAAGAGAGACAACAGAAAUCAACUGCAGAUGAGAAAUGUACAAAGAAACUGGACACUAAACACUCUAAAGGAAAAGACAGCCCUUUUCCCAUGCAAUCUAGUCCUACCAUGAAAGACAAGAAAAGCAAGAGUGGAGUGAACACAGAUCAGACAGUCACUACAGACGAUAGGAAAAUUGAAAUGACAAUCUGCAAAGAAAUGAAUGAAGGCAGCUCUCUGCAUCAUCAAACAACUAGCACAAGGCAUCUUGAUGCUACAGAGACAACUCGGGAUGCAUGCACAGAAGAGGAUGUGCUGCAAAAUCCUGGAGGUGAUAAAUCAAAAGAUCUCGUUAGCAAAAGUGUUUCUUACCAGCUAAACACUGUGUCUAUAGAUGGUGACAUGGAAGACAGACAUAGAAAUGACACUGAUACAACUGAAUCCACAGAAUCCACGACCGUCUUCAGUUUAGAUGUUAAAGCAGUGGAUGCUACAAAAAGCAGAGAUGACAUGGAAUUCCCAGAGAUUGCAGAUAGACAGCUGAGUGAAACAAGGAAACAAGGAACCAGCCAUACCACUGCCACAGACAUUCAUCCUUAUGGUUUAAAAUUAACAGACUUCAACAGCACCAUUCAGGAGCAAGUUUUUAAUUCAGGAGAUAUUUCAGAGACAUCCAGAGCUGAGUCACAAAUAUCUGCUGCAGUUCCAUUAAAGCUGGAGUUCAGCAUCCAUGCAGAAGCAGAAUCCAAGGAUCAGGCUAAGAAUACGGACAGCAGUGACUGCUUACAGACACAAGAUAUGUCCAAAGCCAAAAACAGAAGUGAAGGAGAUCCGUUUGAAGGUUUCAAGGAUUGCAGCAAGCAAACAAGGACAGCAAACCAGCCUGCUUUUGCAUCAGAACUGGCCACCUUAUUGGAUAUGAGCACAAAGGUUCACUCUGUACUGGAUACAAGUGAUGUUCCCACAGGAUAUAAGACUAUGGAGGCAGCAUGGCUUCUACAGCCAUUACCUACAGAAUUGGAGAACCAACUAGGAAAUGCUGUUCUUAGGAUUUUGAAAUGUCGAUAUAAGCCAGCCCAGCUUAGCACUGAAGUAAUGAGUCAGCAACUUCAGGAAGCAGUGAGCUGUAAGCAGUAUGUCGAGGAGCAGUUGGCUUCACAGUCUCAGUGUGGAGGCUCGGGUCUCUCCCUGUUCAACCAGAGUAUGACGGAGAGAUGGAGUUCAGCGCUGUUGGAUGCUACAGCCACAGUACAGGUUAAAGAGGCUCAGCUACAACAAGUCACACAAUAUCAGCAACAAAUACAAGCCAUCCAAGAUACACUUCAGGAACUGGAAGAAGAGUUGGAUUCACUGAGCCUGGUUUAUUUGAAAAGCAGUGCUGUUCAAGCAAAAAAACUCAGUACAUUCAUCAAGCAAAUGGAUCAGAAGAAGAAGAUGCUAGAAGAACUGAUGCAUACAUGUUGCCAUGUGUCACCGUAUUUAGGAGAGGCUGAGGGUGCAGUGGCAUGUCUAAUCCAGGUUAAGAAUUUGCAGAAAAAGUGGGAGAUUUUGGAGGGGACAGCAGACAGAACCUUAAGGCAUGCCAACCACUGUACAUCAGAAGCUUCUAUAUUAAUGAAGGAUGCUAAGGCACUUCUUGGUGAAUUGGAGGUCCUGCACACAGCCUCUUCCUCACCUUUGACUCAGAUAAAAGACUGCCAAACAGCCGUACAAGAAAUGCUAACAUUCAAUGAGUUUGUGGAAAUAAAUGAACGAUACCUGUACCUGGUGGAGUUCUCACAGUCUCUUUUCCAGUGUCCACUAGGGGAGAAGGAAAAGGAAGACAUUAGCAAUGUUUUCCAAAAUCUGAAAUCUCAGUUGGAUUGUGUCCAGGAGAAUCUUUGUGCUAAGUCAUCCUGUCUCAGUGAUCCCCUACUGACAGAGAUCAUUGAUACUAUGAAAAGCUGGUUUGCUUGGGCAAAACAAGCAGAUAACAGAAUCACCAGGAAAAAGAAGUUAUCUCUUUUCUCAGAGGAAGCCAGUCAGCAGGUUAACAGCAUGAAGAAACUGCAGUCAGAAAUAUCCUCCAGGCAAUUCACAUUGUCCUCUGUGUUUAUGAAAUUAAAAGAACAGAUUGCACGACUUAGCCAGGUGGAUUCUCAUCAUAUGUUUUCUGCACUCCAGACUUUAGAGAAUGUCUACAGUAAGAUCUCAGAGGAGGCAGAGAAUGUUUCUGCAGAUCUUAACCAAAUGUUGCAUGCUAGACAGAAACUGGACAUGCAGAUUUCAGAUAAUAGCAGGUGGUUGGCCUCACUCUUAGAGAAAGAAUCCAAUAAAGCUGCAGCAAUCCAGCUCGGAAGCUCUAUUACAGACUUGCGAGUCUACCAACAAAAGCAGAAAGCCACUUUAAAAGAAGCUGAGAAGAGGCUAGCUACCAUUCAGACACUUCUGGAUGAGACAAAGGACAUGAGUCAGGGUCUCAGUACUGUAGACACUUUCCACCUUAUCAACAAACUCACCACCUUGCAAGAAGUGGUCAUUGGGGUUAUAAAAUGUAAGGAAAUCAAAUGUUGGGAGCUAGAGGAGAUCUUGAAUGCCCAGAAAUCAUAUACAGAAGAAUUUUCUGCCAUCCAGAAGAGUUUACGUCAAAUAACAACUGACCUCGAGAAGCAAAGAUAUCCUGUAACACAAGACUCACUUGCUACUUGUGUCCCUGUAAGACACAUGCUGAUAAAGCAUUUUUCUCAAGUGCUGGAAUUUCAGCAUUGCCAGGAGAACCAGAGAAAAGACCUUCUACAGACUAUUAUGAGCUUACAGCAGAAAAUGAAGCUGCUGGAUCAGCAGAGCAUGGAACAUGAAGAAUAUCUGACAUCUAAAAAGCAUUUGGAAAACCACUUUGAUGCAGUGAAAAAAAGGGUUCAUGAGGUCACAGAUAGCAGCAGGAAUGUUGAUAAACGACUCCAUUUGGGUCAGACUCUGCUAGUGGAGAUACCCCUGGUGAAGAUAUACUGUCAGGAGACCGCAGAGCAACUGGAAGCCAUUUCUGGUGACCUAUUCCCAUCACAGUUGAACUCAGAGCGGCAAAAAAUUCACAGCAUGCCUCAAAGUCUUACUGCCUGGGAACAUAUUGUUAGCAGUGAUGUUAAAAACCAGGAGGACUCCCUACUGGCUAGCAGCUUUAGCAAUCUAAGGGAGCUGACUCCAAUAACUGAACACUUUAUGAGAGUUGAAGAGCAGCUAAAGCAGAACAGCUGCCUGGAUCCAAGUUACCAGGCCAUUACUGUAGUACUACAAACAUACUUGACACUUGAGAGGUCAAUGACUUCUGUACUGCGAACAUUGGAGAGUUCCAAAGACUGUAAAGCCAUUGAAGGCUAUGGAAAAACCAUCGACAUAGGAAGAAGAAUUUUGAACGACUGUAAAAUGCAGACGGAAAACCUUCUCAAGGCUAAGGAAGCCCUGAAAGACUAUCACAGAGCUGUCCGGCGAGCUGUUGGACUCCUUCAGCAGAUUGAGACUGAUCUCUUGGUUCCAUCUGCCAGCUUCCAAGACUCUAAAAAAGAACUUAACCACACUCAUCAAAUUCUUACUAAUCUGUCAAAAGGAUUCCAGGAUCAUGUGACUGAGAUACAGGAACGAUUACCCUCACAAGCAUGUUUUUCUCCUCAAACUGAGACUCUCCACAUUCAGUUUCUCAGCUACCUCUAUGUGACUCAUGCCAAAUUGCAUGCACAAGCACAGUUUAAACUGGAGACCCUUCAGAGGUGCAUAAUGGAACAAGCCACCCACAAAAAACAGCAUGAUGAUUUCAACCACCUUCUUCGAAACUUUGAUGCCCAACUUACAGACAGCUUCAGCCACAAACCAAUUUCUUUGGAAGAAAUAAAAGACCAGCUUGACAAAAUUAAGGUGCUUCAGGAGGAACUAGUAAAUGUGGGUACAAGGCUGGAGGAGCUGAAAGACCAAUGCCUACUACUGAACUGUAAUGUAGCUGCAGAGAAAACCCUGGGACAUCUACAGAGGCAUUGGGCCUUACUGCAGUGGCGGCUAGACACACUGAAAUCCAGAGCAGCCCAUGCAGAAACACAGUGGGUGGAAAUUAUGUUAAGAAUCAAGAGAUCCAGGGAAGCUCUAGACUAUCUUCAACACAGCCUCUCUGAGAUCUCCAAGAUGAAGGGAUCUCAUGGGAAGCUUCAGGAGAUCCUGGAACAAACCAAACAGCUCCAAAAUGAACUGGACCAAGAGCAGCUUACUUUGUUCUUUCUUCAACGCUAUGAAUCACGACAAUUGAGUGCCUUAAAAUUUCAUAACACUCCCAGUAUGAUAAGCCUGGAACUGCAAUCACUCCUAAGCCGUUGUCAAAGCCUAAAAGAACAGAGCAGUGAAAUGAGACAGGACAUGCUUUCUGAGAUCCAGGAGUGGGGUCGCUUUCAGGAAGAAUUGAAGGGAUUGCAGCAGAAUGUUCUUUCUCAGCUAUCAGUCCUGCAGAGUCAGUCAGAUCCCAGACAUAUACGGGAGGUCAGAGCAGAGGUAGACGCUCAAAAUGUCAGACUGCAGGACAUUAUGGACAGAGUGAGGAAGAGGAGCAAAGACCUACCUAAAGAGAUCCAGAAUCUACAGGACCAAAUCACUCUGUCCUUAAAGGAGGCUAAGGACAUGGUGGGACAGGCUAUGGAGAGCAGUGGCUCUCUUCAGAGAAUGAGUGAACAUGUGGACAAAGUGACUGUGGGUUUAAGCGGCAUCCAGGCCCUUCUGCAGCAGAAGAGUCCCACUGUAAAAGAAGCUGAAAGCAUGCUCAAGCGGGUAUGGGAUGAACUGGACCAGUGGCACUCACGGAUCACUGAGCUAGAGGCAGAGGUUCAGGAGCUGGCUGAGGAGCAGCCUGAAAGAGCUCACAUACUGAUGGAUGAGCUCACCAAACCCCUCCAGCUCUACCAGGCUGUAGCCAAGCAGGCAGAGCAGAGGACUGCCUUCAUUAACAGAAUCCCUGCAAGUCUCCAAGAGUAUGAGGACAUUCGGCGUAGCUCUACAUGCUGGCUGGCUGAGACUCAGUCCUGGCUAAAGUCUCCUCAGACCUAUACGACUGCCAAGUGUCUGCACAGCCACGCCAACUCCCUACAGAUGGUGUUGGAUGAAUCAGAAGGAAUACAAGGUUCUCUGGAGGCUUUUGGGCCUUCACUCCAGGAGAUCUCAGCUGUAUGUGACACCAGCACUUUGGAGCAGAACCUUUUGCAGAUCCGCACCAGCAUUAGCCACAUGCAACGCAGCGUUCUGGAGCCACUUUCACAGCUCCAGCAUGCAGCAGAAGAGAUGGAUGCAAUUGAAGGAGAGGUUAAAACAAUGGAGAAGAGCAUCGCGAAGAUCAGAAGUAUUUUAUCUACUGUGGAGACCGAGAACAUACCACCAGAGGAGCAUCUUCAAAACAGACAGGUAAUCCUAGAAAACCUGCAGGCCAUGCAGAGGACCUUGGCUGAGAUCGAGAGGUGCAGGGAUAGCCUGGGUCUGCCUCGAGGAGCCGAAAUCAGUCUCUCGGCCUUCCACAGAGCUGAGCAGCUUCAUCCCCAUGUCACUGAACUCCAGCAGCUCACUGAGGAGCAAAGCACUGCAUUCAGGGCUGCUAUUGGUCACUCCGUGGCUGUUAUCUCGCCCUCUGAUGGAGGAAUGGUUUCCAGUCUCGCCCCUCAGUGCUCUGGGGACAUGAUGGUGCCUACGGAAACAGCAUACUCAAAGGAAGAGGAUGAUGAUGAUUAUGAGGAUGAAGGCAGUCACUCUUCGUCCUCAGAGACUCUCACUUGCAGUGCUCCGGAGGACCAAGAUGAGAUUUCAGUGGGUGAAGAUCCUGGAGAAACCAGUGCUGCCACUGUCGUCGAAGUGUCUAUCACUAAGGAAUCUUUUACUGGAGCAAGAGAAAGACCAGUAGAGACUACAUUAGAAAAUGUUACUUUACCUACACCUAUAAUUUCAAAUACAACAAACAGCAGGUCAGAUGAUGUUGAUGGUGAUACAACUCACGUGCCUGUUACAACUCCAGAGACAUUAUUACCUCUGACAGUCAAUCCUGCUAUGCAACUUAACAUACUAACUAAAGAAACUGAGGAAAUACUGGAGGAUAUUAAAUAUCAAGAAACAACAGCGAUGCCAGAAGGAGUGACACAUACAAAAGAACUAAAACCAAAGCAGAUAGGGGCAUCAUCAGUAAAGCCUGUACCGGUUUGUACAAACGACAUGGGCAUAGAAGAGUCCAGCAUUCAAGAAAUAUUAACUGAUCAAUUCAAAGAGUCAAGAUCUGAACCUCCUGAGAAAGAUCAUAUGACAUGCUCUACAGUCAGUGAGGAUCAUAAGCAAGUUGAGACUAGAGCUCCUACGCAAGAAACAAAGAGUGUCUCUAAGGAGGACAAAGCACUGAGCCCUGAUGAGACUCCAAUGAAUAAGGCUUCUGCUGAAAUCACGGCUGACACUGUGGUCCAAGUGUCUGUCACUAAGGAAACUCUUCCUAAAGAAAUCUCCUCUUCUGAAAAGUCAGUGGAGUCUGUAUGCUUGAAAACUGAGACUAAACGUGAAAAUAGUACUGCAUCUACACAAAUGUUCAUUGCUAAGGAUGCUGUUCCUGAAUCUGCCACCGUUUGUCCACCAUGUCUUGAUACAUCAAUGCCCGUAACAACUGAUCCUGUUGUGCAACUUAGCAUAUCAACAAAAAUGAAGGGUAAAGAGACUGAGGAAACACUGAAGGCAGAAGCAAUGGAAAAGCCUGAAGGAGUGACACAGAAUGAUGCACUAAACCAAGAGCAGAUAGAGGCAUCUAAUGUAAAGCUUGGACUAGUUAGUAAAGACAAGGACAGUGUAGGCAUGGGGACUGAGUCCGACCUUCAGGAAAUGUUGUCCAAGUCCAAACCUACAGAGAAAGAAACAGUGAGACAGUCUACAGUCAGUGAAGACCAACAGGGAGCUGUCUCAUUCAUGGCUGCUGUACCUGUAUUGGAAACAAACACUACUCCUCAGGAGGAUACAGCACUGCAGCAGGUGCAGAAGGAGCUACAAGAGCAGAGAGAUCUAAUUCAAGCCAUUGCUCACCACAGCAGUAGCUCUGAUUUGGAGCAGGAGGACCAGACCAAGUCCCUGAAACAUACAAGAUCCGUUGGAGGGAGUCUAUAUGUUCCUGAACAAACUCCAGGGAUGAAAGUGACCUGGGUCAAGCUUCUGUCCAGCCUAGACCUUCUGCUGGACUCUGUAACCACUGAGCAAGACAGAACUAAAUUAGAGGUGAAAAGUGUAGGUGAGGUUAAAGUGGUUAGUGAUACUGGAUCCUCUAUCAUCCAGGAAAUGCAUGGGCACGUUGAGCAACUUCAGUUUAUCCAUCAGAAGAGACUCGCCCUGGACACUCCAGCUGGUAUUGAUGAAUCUGAACUGUGUGAGGCCUUGAGUAGUCUGAGGCACACACUCACCAGAAUCACACACACACUUCCGUCUACAUCAAAGAUGAGCAGAGAAACCAGCCAGCUCCAUCUGCUCAAUCUACAGUGUCUGUCAUCACAGCUGGCAUCUAUAAGCAGUAUGAUAAUAAGCAUGGGCCAAGAAAUCACUCUCUCUGAGCUCCCAGAUGCAACUUCCUGUCUGGAGCGAAUCAGGUGCUGCAUAUCCUCCAUUCAGAGAUCCUUGUCAUCUCAAGAGGAGCUGCUGAGUAGGCAGCUAGGUCAUAGUCCACAGCUUCAGACUGGAGAGCAGUUGCUUGAAAGUCCAGUAUCUGUGUUGGAGGGUAAAGGAGCUGAGCACAGUAAAUCAACCAGCUUUACUCAAGAUCUGUCCAGCCUACAGGGUGAGCAGGGCAAGGUGUGGAGUUUCAUGAGAGAGGACAAGAGGACACAACAAGAGGUUUCAGCACUGCAGCGUUGCUAUCAGGCUAAUCUACAGGGCCUGAGGGAUCUGUUGGAGCUGGGCUCUGAGCGACUUCAACACAGCCAAGUCACGCAUCAGCACAGCUGCAGCCAACUCCAGAGCCUGCUCAGAGGACACAAGAGGUACUUCAAGGAUUUGAGGUGGUAUCAUGCGAUGAUCCAGCAUCUAUCCAAGCAGAUACCAGAGGAAGCACUGCAAGAUCAAGAAGAAGUUCAACAGUUGGUCUCAGAGCUGGUUCAGCAGGCUUUAGUACAAGGAAUUCAAAUACAAGACAACUCUGAGGAGCACUCUCGAUUUGAAGAGAUGGGAGUGAAACUGGGGAGGCAGCUGGAAGAGCUGGAGGCAGCGAUGCCCACUAAUGAUCUGAACUCAGAAACUGAACCACAACUACGAGACCGGCUGCAGGCCUACCAGGAGUUGCAAAAGCUCCUUGAGGACAGCAGGCCACAGUUGGAGAUGCUGCAAGCCCAGGCUUUGUUUCCUGAGACAGUGAACCAUGCUGGUCCAAUUUCAGAGCUUCAGAAUAACUGGUUAGCUCUCCACAGACAGCUGGAGCAGGAGAUCCAGCGCACACAGGAAAUGCAAGUCAGCUAUAAUAGGUUUCAAUGCAGUUCUGCUGAAUUGGAAGCGUGGAUUGCUUCUGCACUCGCAACCGCGCAAAUGUGGAACAAUCUCUGUGAUCCCACUCCACAGGAUUCAGAAUCUCUUCUGUCAAAUAUCAUGAACUUCUUCAAGGAGCUGGAAAGCCAGUCUGUUCAGAAGGCCAAUGCAGUGAGAGCAGGCACGCAGGUCCUGCAACUGUCAGACACAGAGGCUCAUGAACUACGCCAACAUUUGUUUCAGCUUGAGAAAGACUGGACAGAGCUCACUAAUGCUGUACCCUCUGUUCAGUGCAAACUGCAGCAGCUGCUGGCAGUUCUAGGUCAGAGUAAGGUCAGGGUUUAUCUGUCCUCCUGGCUGGAGCAAAUGAAGACCAGACUGGAGGAGGAGAGCUCAAGAGAGCAUCAUGUCAUGAGCUCUACCGAGCUCACCAUGCUUUUGCAGAAUCUGAAGGACUGUAAAGCAGAAAUGACAAGCCGACAGCCAUGUAUAGACUUCCUCAACCACUCGAUAGAAGAGACUGGCUUUGCAGAUGAUGCAGCUAUUCGUAAUGAGCGGUUGACCCUUGCAGAGCAAUUGGGAGCUCUCAAUCUUGAUUGGAUCCUCCUUCAGAGAAAGAUUGACAUCAAGGUGCGAGAAAUAGAGCACACGAUGCAGGACUGUGCACAGAGAGAGGAACAUCUGCAGCGUCUCCACAGCUGGAUCUCAGUGCAGGAAAAGAAGAUGAGAGUGCAUGGGAGGCCAACUGGCAGGAUACAGAUACAGCAAGCUUUAAAGGAGUCUGAGGAGGAGGAGGAAAAGUUCAAGCUGAAAUCCAACGAGCUGCUGCACAUGAGAACUCUUCACAUUUUAGGGCAGAAAGAUGGCCAGCACCCAGGAGAUCAGGCAUUCUCGUCACAGGUGGAAAGCACCAGUGAACAGUGCCAGACUCUGAGGCAACAGAUGAGUGCUGAUCGGGCUCUUCUGGUCCGGCUGAAGGAGCAGUGGGCUCAGCUGGACGCAGGACUAAGAGAUGCAGCGCUGCUUACUGUCAGCAUGGCCAAUAAGCUGGAAUGCAGCAAGAUCCCUACGUUGUCACUCCAGCAGAGCAAAGAACAUGUAGAUCAGCUUCAGGAGCUUCAGAUGGAAGUAGAAAGAUCAGAGCAGACUUGGACGAAUUUGGCCAGGCUUUUAUCAGACCUGAAAGACAAAAUCCACCCUGGUGCUGCUGUACUUCUGUCUGAUGAAUUGGAUCAAAGGAAAACACGGUGGGCGGAUGUGGUGUGUGACGUCAGCUUGGAGCUGCAGAAGGCUCAGGUGGAGCUGCGUCUCUGGCAGGAGUACAGGCUGUUAUAUGAUGGCUGCUCUGAGCGUUUGAACCAUUACUGGGAGCAGUGUGAGGCAUUUUUAAGCCUUCCGAAAAAACAGGAAUAUGACGUUGAGCUGCUUCAAUGCAGGAUCAACAACAUCCUCGAAUUGGAGGAAAAAUUAGAAGCAUUGCAUGGAAAUGCUGGAAAUGUAUUAGAGUCCUCUAAGCUUCUCCUGGCACAGUUAGAGCCUCAGGCAGCUACUGUGAUCCAAUCCGAGGCCAGGCUUCUGUCACGUGACCUUGUGCAUCUGAGCCAGGCACUAGUUAAAACACGGGGACAGCUCCGGGAGGAGCUGGAAGAUCGUGUCUGUUUCAGUACUGAUUUGAAAUCACUAAUGCAGUGUCUCGAAAGAUCGGAAAGUGUGUUGACGUCUCCUAAUGCAAGCACUGAACACCUAAAGCUGGCUCUUCUGGAGUUGAGUGCACGAACCCCUGACCUUGGAGCUCUGAAUGAACAGAGCCUCAGAUUGUCGCUUGCUGUGUCUGAUGCUAAUCAGCUGCAGGUCCUCAAUACACAGUGGGUGCAGGUCUUCACUCAGGCCAUGAACAGACACAGGGAAAUAUAUAGUGCACAGUUGUGUGAUCACAGCUUCCAGCAGAAGUGCCAAGCUUGGAUGGAUCUACUGGAGAAAUUGGAAUCCGGGCUCUCCAGCGACAUUUCUGGAAAUGAGUCUUCUGCAAGAGAACAGCUUGCUGUACACCAGAAGCUGAAGAUGGAAGUGCUGAUUGGCCAGCAGCUCCUCGAUGCUGUGGUCAGUGAGGAACUGCGGCUUUUGAAUGAAAGUCAGGUAGAAGACAGGAAAGGUCUAAUUCUGAGGUUGACCCAGCUGAAGGAGCGAUGGCAAGGAACACUGUGUAGGGUUCAGCAGCGUAGCAGGUGCCUGGAGCAGCAAACUGAACAAUGGAGGCUGUAUAGAACAGGACUGAAAAGACUUUGGAGACUUCUGAAGGACUUAGAUCAUUUAUUGUCACCUGCUGGAUUGGCACCAUGCAGCUUUCAACAGCUUCAACAAUCCAUUAAGGACUAUGAGCAAGCUCAGGAGAAGCUGAGCAAUCAUGAGGCGCUUUACACCCAGACUGUGCAGGUAUACAGGCACAUCUUACCCCUGGCAGAUGUACAAACACAGUCUGAGCUGAAGGCUGAAAUUGGGGCUUUGCAGGAAGCCUGGGAGCAAAGGAAUGUUCUGCUUGUGAAAAGGAAGGCUCUCUCUGAAACUGUCAAUCAGAACUGGAGUUGCUGUGAGGAUGGACUUGCUGAUAGUGCGCUCCAUCUGAGAGAGAUUGCUGUCAGACUGAAGCAGCCACCACCAGAUAACACAGAACUUCAGGAGAAGCUCAUCAAGGAGGACGAGAACUCUUUGGAGCAGUGGGCUGGAGGACUGAAGGCGCUGGACACCAUGAAGACAGAUAUCUCACAGUAUGUGCUGCCCACAGACAUGGUGCUUCUCCAGGGACAUUUGGAGGAACUGCACAGCCAGUGGGAAGAACUUUGUCUGAAGGUGUCCAAGCGUAAACAAGAGAUUGCUGACCGUCUGAAUGCAUGGACCAUUUUCAACGACAAGCACAAGGAGCUUUGCGAGUGGUUAGCACAAAUGGAGAGAAAGGUUCUACACAGCAGUGAUUACUUGAGCAUCGAGGACAUGGUUGAGAAACUGAAAAAGGACUGCAUGGAGGAGAUUAACCUCUUCACCGAGAAUAAGAGCCACCUUAAGCGGCUGGGGGAACAGCUCCUAUUUGCCAGCGACCAAGCCAAAGAGGUCAACAUCCAGGGCGUCCUGCAAGAUGUCAGUGACCGCUGGCAGCAUCUGUUUGACAACAUUGAAGCCAGAGUGAACAAGCUGAAACAGUCUCAGGCUGCUGUGCAGCAGCUAGAUAAGAACAUGAGUAACCUGCGGAGCUGGCUGUCCCGAAUCGAGGCAGAACUGACUAUGCCUGUACACUACAGUGUCUGCAGUGGGGACGAGAUCCAGAAGAGACUGGAAGAGCAGCAGGAGCUGCAGCGGGACAUUGAACAGCACACAGUGGGCAUAACAUCUGUACUCACUUCAUGCGACAUCCUACUGCACGACGAAGACGCCUGCAGCAACAACACUGAAAACGAUUCAAUCCAGCAGACCACUCACAGUCUGAACCAGCGCUGGAGAAACAUCUGCUCCAUGUCCUUAGAGAGGAAGAUAUGGAUUGACGAGACAUGGAGGCUGUGGUGUAAGUUUCAGGAUGAUUACUCACAAUUUGAAGACUGGCUAAACUUAGCUGAGCGCACUGCUGCUGAACCUGAGUCAUCUGAUGUCCUUUACACCAUGGCUAAAGAAGAGCUCAAAAAAUAUGAGGCUUUCCAGAGAGAGGUGCAUGAAAAGCUGGUCCAACUAGAAAUGAUUAAUAGCCAAUAUCGACGGCUAGCCCAAGAGAACCGCACUGACUCAGCUAACACUCUGCGGACCAUGGUGCACCAGGGCAACCAGCGCUGGGACGCUCUGCAUCAGAGAGUGGCAGCCAUCCUGCGCAGACUGAGGAACUUUACAGCUCAGAGAGAGGAUUUUGAGGGGACACGGAAAAACCUGCUGGUCUGGCUGACUGAGAUGGACUUGCAACUUACGAAUGUGGAACACUUGUCAGAGAGCGACAUCGAACACAAGCUGAAAAAGCUCACAGGUCUCAAGAAGAAGAUAACUCAGAACACAGAUAAGAUUGACGCUCUGAUUGUGUUCGGUGAGGGUCUGAUUCAGAGGAGUGCUCCACUUGAUGCUGCACUUAUAGAGGAAGAGCUCGAGGAACUGCAUUCCUACUGCCAGGAAGUGUUCAGCCGAGUGGGCUGCUUCCAUCAGCGCCUCACCAGCCCUCAGCCUCUCUGUGUCAGUGAAGAUUCUGAUGUAGCUGAACCAAGUCAUGACACAUCCACCAGCCAGUCCUCCAUGUCCCUCCUGGUCCCUCCACAAGAACGAUCAGGCUGCGAGACGCCACUUAGUGUCGAUUCCAUCCCCCUGGAGUGGGACCACACCGGAGAUGUGGGUGGUUCCUCGUCACAUGAGGAGGAGGAUGAUGCAAGCUUCUUUAGCUGCCUCUCAGGUGUGGAGGUCACAGAGAGCUCCGAGGCCUUUGUAAAGUCCACAGUACAGUCUCUUGCAGCGAGCUCGGUCCCAGGACAAGAUGUGGCAACUCACAGUUGGCACUCACAGGCUGUUCCAGAUACAAUCGCUUUUACCCUUCCUGAUACGAAAGAAAAACUCACACCUGAUCUUCCUGAACAUGAACAAGGCUACGUUCAGCUCAUGUCUGAGUGCAGCAGCAGCAUUAAGAAUGUGAAGAAGGUCUCAAUCAUCCUCAAUGAUGAUGAACAGCAGGGGGGCCAUGGAGGCCUCACUAGCCUCACAGCUGCAGAGAAACAGUCAAGAGUAAUUGAGCGCUGGGAGCUCCUCCAGGCGCAGGCAGUCAGAGAGGAGCAGUGCUACAGCAAAGACCGGGAACAGCUGACGUCUGACCUGCACAACAUCACUUCCUGGCUGGGCCAGGUCAUCCCUGAGCUGGAGAAAUUACAAAAUGAGGAGACGGCUUGUGUUAGCGUGCAGAUCAUGGAGGCCAGGGUCAAACAGCUGAAGGACAUGCAGAAGGCUUUUGCACGCUAUAAGACGCUGAUGCUGAGUCUGAACCUAGGUGGGAGGGAGCUGCAGGGUGAAACAGGUCCAGAGGUGCAGCAGCUACAGGAAGACUUGUGCAGCAUGAACCGAAGCUGGGACGAAGCCUGUGUAAGUGUGGAGGAGUGGGAGGACAAUCUGCGAAAGUCCUUCAUGCAUUGCCAGGAGUUCCAUGAGACGUUGCACUCACUCUUGCUGUGGCUGGCCCAUGCAGAGAGCAGAAGAUUCACUGUUAACAUCCAUGACCCAUCUGUACAACCGUCUGUGCUGCAUGAACACAAAGCUGUACUGAUGGGUCUGGAAGAGGAGCUGAAUGUCCGGCAGAAGCGAGUGUCAUCUCUGCAGGAGAUCACCACUGAGCUGCUCCCUGAGUCAGGGCCAGAGGAUGACUUUGAGGCCACAGAGAAGCUCCACGUCAUCCGUAACAAAUUACAGCUGCUGCUGCGUCAGGUCAAGCAGGACCUCCAAACUGUUCAAGAGCGCUUGGACUCCCCUGAGGCACUGGCUGUGAGUAAAGAACAAGAUCCUGGAUCUUCAUCUGUGGAGCUACCAGCAAGCGGAUCAUCCGGUGCCAACAGGUUGCAGAACAGAGAUUCAUCCCCACCACGGUCUUUCUUCUAUCGUGUCCUGCGAGCUGCCUUCCCGCUCCACCUCCUCUUCAUCCUGCUGCUGGUUUUUGCGUGCCUGGUACCUCUAUCUGAAGAUGACUACAGCUGUACUCUAUCUAACAACUUUGCUAGAUCGUUCUAUCCUAUGCUGCGCUACACUAAUGGACCUCCUCCAACUUAACACACAUAUACACAAAUACUGACCAAAUACUGGUCUGCUUCCAAAGGUGACUCACAAACACUACAAGCACUCGGUGUGGGAGAGCAUAAUGCUACUGUCCAAAAGGGUUUUAAUAAUCGUAUUUAUAAAAGUGAUUCUGUUCUAUUUAUAUUCUGUUUCCCUAAGAAAAGCCAUACUACUGACAACUUUUUUUAAAAAAAGAUGAACUCCAACUAUUAUUACGUAUGUAUUCUUUUACUAAAUUGAUGUGAGUGGGAAUGUUAAGAACGUAAUCAUUCUAAACAGAACCCUGUUGAAACACUGGCUUCCAAUCACUUUUCAGGGUUUCAAUAUUCACUGAACAGAGAAUGAUUUCUUUUUAUUAUACAUUCUUUUUCUGGGUGAAACAUGCAUCAUUUUGAUCAUUCUGUUCAUUUUUUCAACGUAAAUCAUUUUGAUAGACAGAGAGAAUGUGUAGUUGUGUUUUAUGCCAAACAGUAUGUUUUCUUCACAGAACCAGCAUGUUUUAAUGUAAUUCCAAAUUUUUUCAUUUGUGUGUAUUUUGUUACGGAAUUUUUUAUUUUUAUUUUGGGUAGGGGCACCUCUAAACAUGUUCUUUUGUUUUUUACUUAGGCCAUGAAAAGCUAUAAAAGCUGUAAUUUGUAUAUUUGCUGCUUCAAGCCUUAUUUUUCUUGUAGACAGUUGAUCAUUAAGAGCAUUGACUUUACUGUGACAAGCAUGGACUCUAAGAACUUAUUAUUGUGUACUGCAAUUCAUUUCUGGACUUGUUUUUUCCUCUUAUUUGGUAAUAAAUAUUACAUUGUGCAACCAAAA